UCCGUUUGAAAGCUGUCUCGGCGAACUUCAACAGCACCACAGUCUGUGGCUCUCCAUCCCAUUUAAACCCAAAUCCACUGUAAAGCUGCUAACAUGGAGCUGAAUGACGGGAACCUACAAACCCUCACCGAGGUCCUCAGGAAAACCCUGGACCCAGAUCCAACUGUCAGGCGGCCAGCUGAGAAGUUUCUUGUGUCUGUGGAGGGAAAUCAGAACUACCCUUUACUACUUCUGACACUGCUGGAAAAAUCUCAAGACAACGUGAUUCGUGUCUGUGCUGCUGUUACCUUCAAAAACUACAUCAAGAGAAACUGGCGAAUAGUGGAAGACGAACCGAACAAAAUCUCAGAUCCAGAUCGAACAGCCAUUAAGGCAAACAUUGUAAAUUUGAUGCUGAGCAGUCCAGAGCAGAUUCAAAAGCAGUUGAGUGACGCGAUCAGCAUCAUAGGCCGGGAAGACUUCCCUCAGAAAUGGCCCGACCUUCUCACGGAGAUGGUGACUCGCUUCAGGAGCGGCGACUUCCACAUCAUCAACGGCGUCCUUCGCACUGCACACUCCCUCUUCAAGAGAUACCGACAUGAGUUCAAGUCAAACGAGCUCUGGUCUGAGAUAAAGCUGGUGCUGGACACAUUCGCCCUCCCAUUGACGGAGCUGUUCAAGGCCACCAUUGAGUUGUGUCAGACUCAUGCCACAGAUGUCAAUGCAUUGAAGGUCCUCUUCUCAUCCCUCACGCUCAUCUCAAAGCUUUUCUACAGUCUCAACUUUCAGGAUCUUCCAGAGUUUUUUGAAGACAACAUGGAAACCUGGAUGACCAAUUUCCACGGCCUUCUGACUUUGGAUAACAAGCUUUUACAAACAGAUGAUGAAGAGGAAGCGGGCCUGCUGGAGCUGCUGAAGUCUCAGAUCUGUGACAACGCUGCUCUUUAUGCUCAGAAGUAUGACGAAGAAUUCCAGCCCUACCUGCCGCGCUUUGUCACUGCUAUCUGGAACCUUUUAGUUUCCACUGGCCAGGGAGUCAAAUAUGACCUGCUCGUUAGCAAUGCCAUCCAGUUCUUGGCGUCGGUGUGUGAACGGCCACACUACAAGCAUCUGUUCGAGGACCAGAACACACUCACCAGCAUUUGUGAGAAGGUCAUUGUGCCCAACAUGGAGUUCAGAAGUGCCGACGAGGAGGCUUUUGAAGAUAACUCUGAGGAAUACAUCCGACGAGACCUCGAGGGAUCUGACAUCGACACUCGUCGCAGGGCAGCGUGCGACUUGGUGCGGGGUCUUUGUAAAUUCUUCGAGGGACCCGUCACAGCAAUCUUCUCCGGCUAUGUCAACUCCAUGCUGGGAGAGUAUGCCAAAAACCCCGGGGGGAACUGGAAACACAAAGACGCUGCCAUCUAUCUGGUCACAUCACUGGCAUCCAAAGCCCAGACACAGAAGCAUGGAAUAACACAAGCCAACGAAUUGGUGAAUCUCACAGAUUUCUUUGUGAACCACAUUCUUCCAGACCUAAAAUCCCCAAACGUUAACGAGUUCCCCGUGCUGAAAGCAGACGCCAUCAAGUACGUCAUGAUCUUCAGAAGUCAGCUUCCAAAAGAGCAGCUGCUGCAGGCAGUUCCUCUGCUGAUCACUCACCUGCAGGCUGAGAGCACCGUGGAGCACACUUACGCAGCGCACGCUCUGGAGCGGCUGUUCACCAUGAGAGGCCCCAACAACACUACGCUCAUCAGCUCUGCAGAAAUGGCACCUUUUACUGAACUGCUGCUCAACAACUUGUUCAAAUCUCUGGCCCUCCCUGGCUCUGCAGAGAAUGAAUACAUAAUGAAAGCCAUCAUGCGCAGCUUCUCCCUGCUGCAGGAGGCCAUUGUUCCCUACAUUCCCACUCUGAUUGGUCAGCUCACUCAUAAACUUCUUCUAGUCAGCAAGAAUCCCAGCAAGCCUCACUUCAACCACUACCUGUUUGAGUCCCUGUGCCUGUCAGUCCGCAUCACCUGCAAGGCCAACCCCGCCACCGUCGGCAGCUUCGAGGAGGCACUCUUCCCCGUCUUCACCGAGAUCCUGCAGAACGACGUGCAGGAGUUUCUACCGUACGUCUUCCAAGUGAUGUCUCUCCUCCUGGAGAUCCACUCCAACUCGAUCCCCUCGUCCUACAUGGCGUUAUUCCCUCACCUGCUGCAGCCGGUGCUUUGGGAGAGGACUGGGAACAUCCCCCCUCUGGUGCGCCUGCUGCAGGCUUACCUGGAGAAAGGAGGCGCCACCAUCGCAGCGUCCGCUGAAGAUAAGAUCCCUGGCCUGCUGGGAGUUUUCCAGAAGCUUAUUGCCUCCAAAGCCAAUGACCACCAAGGCUUUUACCUUAUCAACAGCAUCGUAGAGCACAUGCCUCCAGAAUCAAUCACUCAGUACAGGAAACAGAUCUUCGUUUUGCUCUUCCAGAGACUACAAAACUCCAAAACCACUAAAUUCAUCAAGAGUUUCUUGGUUUUCAUCAGUUUGUAUUGUGUCAAGUAUGGAGCGAUCGCACUGCAGGAAAUCUUCGACAGCAUUCAGCCCAAAAUGUUUGGCAUGGUGUUAGAGAAAAUAGUAAUUCCUGAGAUUCAGAAGGUGUCUGGCGCUGUAGAGAAGAAGAUCUGCGCUGUCGGCAUCACCAAGAUCCUGACUGAGUGUCCUUCCAUGAUGGACACCGAGUACACCAAACUCUGGACCCCGCUGCUCCAGGCCCUCAUCGGUCUGUUCGAGUUGCCAGAAGACGACAGCAUCCCGGACGACGAGCACUUCAUCGACAUUGAAGACACGCCCGGUUACCAGACGGCGUUCUCGCAGCUGGCCUUCGCAGGGAAGAAGGAGCACGACCCAAUCGGAGACGCCGUCAGCAAUCCCAGAAUCCUGCUGGCCCAGUCCCUGCACAAGCUCUCCACUGCCUGCCCCGGGAGGGUUCCCUCCAUGCUGAGCACCAGUCUGAACGCAGAAGCCCUGCAGUACCUACAGGGAUACUUACAGGCGGCCUCCGUGCAGCUGGUUUGAGACGGACGCUCACGGGAUUCCGGAGCGGAGCGACGCCGCUGCCUCGGCCGCCGUGACCCCGGAGAGGCAUCGGAGCGGCUGAACUCGCGGCGCCACAGACUCAGUUCGACUUAACCGUUCAUACGACCUGACCAGAGGAAUAAUCAUUUUGCUUGAAAUUAUGGUGUAUUCUCUGAAAGUGUUCUUUUUUUAAAAAAAAGAAAAACAAAAGAUUUUUAAAGAAAUGACCAAAAGUUAACAGUUGAGUUUCUCUUCAUUGUUUGGGCCGUAUGUUUACUGUGUGACCGGGGCUGAAACACAAUGGAAUACUGUGCUGUGACGCGGUUGUUAAAUGAAAUCAGAAGCAGAGACGAGGAAAACUGAUUCUGGAUCGCCGUACAUCUGAGUCGAGCAGGAGGGCUUUCUUUAGCAGGCUUUUUGUAUGUUUGGAUUUCAUUUACAGAUGAAGCUGUUAUCUGUGCUUGAUCGGUUUUGUUGCAUGUUUCCUCUAGAUUAGCCUGUUUUCGCACUGUUGAUUAAAGUGAAUAAAAAGCGGCACUUGC